AUGUUAUGCAAUUCUACAUCCAGGCCCGGAUUAAGAGGUGUGGUGGCACUGGGGCACCUCAGCUUCUCCCUCUGGAUCGCAUCCAGCGCCGAGAGGCUUGAAUUGUCGACAACCAGGACCUUUCUUGCUGAGUCGCUGUUGUCGCUCCCGAAGCGAUGGCUGAGCACGCAGGGCUACAGUGCAGACGAUGAUGAGUUUCAGUUCGCGGCGGUGGUGGUCAGCCCCCAGCAGGUGGAGCACACGCGAGGCCUGGUGCGAGGCUUCAUGGAAGAGUUGGGCCCCAGGCUGCAAGAGGCACUGCUGGAUCGACAGAAAGAGACGGACAAUUGGAUGGAACACACUCAAGAGCUGAUGUCGGGGUUCAUGAAAGAGAUGGGCCCCAGGCUGCAGGAGACACUGCUAGACCAACAGGGAGAUAUGGUCAAUUGGAUAACAGAAUGGUGGUUGGAUGACAUGUACCUGAAGAUCCGUCUGCCGCUCCCUAUCAACUCCAACCCCGGCAUGGUGUUCCCUAAACGUCACUUCGCCAAGAUGGACGAGGUAGCAGACCUCGGAGCGCUCUUUAUUGAUGACCUACUAGAUUACAAGGAAAUGCUUGACAGAGGCGAGUUGCCUUUGGAGCGUGCCACUAGCCGCGAAAAAGGCCAGCCUCUCUGCAUGGAACAGUUCUACCGUCUGCUAGGAGUGUGCCGGGUCCCAGAGUUCUACCCUAUCCCGGUGAAGGCGGCCGAUCGAGGUCGCCUGACUCCCGGGGAGAUCCAGGCACAACUGCUGCACGUGAUGGUGGAUGCUGCUGGGUUGCCGGCCGCGCCACGCGUCGACGAGAACAACCGCACCAACAUGGAGCUGAUCUCGCGCGCGCUGUGCAUCCUGUGCCUGGACGAGGCUGGCACCCGGCAUCAUUCUGCCAACCGCUGGUUCGACAAGAUCGUGCAGGUUAGUUGGCUUAGACCUGAACCCUGGCAUCAACGCCAGCUGCGGGAUUGGCAAGACGACGAGGUUAUGUAG